AUGUCGUCUUUGGAGAAGCCGACUUCACAUCAGGUAAGUAAUUUUUAACUAAAUAGUGCUAAACGUGCGAUUUUUUUAAAUAUAAAUCAGAAAUCUAACUUGUUUUUUAAAACUCAUUGUUUACCGUUUUUGUUAGUUUUCAAUAUAUUGAGAAAAAACUCCUCGGAAAUUUCGAUUCUUUUUGAAGUCUGAAGGAAGAUUUUCGAAUGAACGGUUUAAAAAUAUAACACAGAAAAGAGAAGAAAAAGAAAUCGAUGAAAAGUGGAAAGAGUAUGAUUUUGAGUCCGUUUGGGUUUCGCAGCGAUAAUAUUUCAUUGGACGAAUUUUUCUCACGAAAAAAAGUUUAUGGUGUUUUAUCGGAGAAACAGAACUUUUUAAUGGGCCUACCAAAGUUGCUCCAAAAACAGUAUCAAUUUUUUUGGAUCAAUUUUUCUCGUGUUUCAAACAAUUUUGUUUUUUUCAAUGGACACGUCAUUAGGUUUUUCCGAUUUCUAAGUCCGUUCAAAAAAAUAUGUUCUGAAUUUUUUUAAAAUGCGUAAAUUAUAGUUUUUGGAGAUGAGUCUUCGUUUAAAAAAAGUAUUCAUUAAAUUUUAUCCAUGCUCUUUGUCGAUGAUUUUUAGAAAAGAGAAAUCAAAAGUUUAUAGAAUAAGGCUCAAGACGUCACAAAGCUUCCCAUUUUCGCCUCGGCUCCAGCGUCACUUAAACCCUUCAUCCAAGGGAAAACCAUAGUUGAAGUGAUUGCGAAUCUCAAAGACAAUGUCGAGAAUGCCGAUGAUAAUAUUUUGGACGAUUUCGACGCUUGGAUGAGGAAGGUUCAUUGAGCUUUUUCGUUUUUCUUUGUGAAUAUGAUCAAAUUACAGUUGAAUCCGAACUAUUGUGCGCCAGUCCGUGACCCUCAUUUCAUUCGGAUCGCAAAAGACAAGGAAACCCUAAGAACGCUUUUCCGAAGCGACCGAUUUGAGCUGAAACAAAAGACGGCUUUCAUGGAGAAGACGUUGAUCAACGAGAGUCGCGACGUCAUCAAGGAGUUCUGCAGUUGGAAAUUUGAGGUAUGAGCAAGAAUUUUCGAUUGAAAAUGUUUUUUUCAGAACCUCGGCGAGGACUAUCCUUUCCUCUCUCUGAUCCGUGACGCCGCUUGUCGCAAAUUGUUGCUGAACAUCAUGUCCAACCCGGACAAUGGCGAUACUGUGAAGCUGGAGAAGCUGGACAAGGCGUUGAGCGGAAUGAACGAUCGAUCUGCCAAGAUUAUCUAUGAGAAUUGGAGGAAAACGAUCGAUGCGGAGGUUUUUGUGUGA